UCUUCUUACAACAACAACAACAACAACAACUCUCUCUCUCAUUCAACAAAUUCUCUCUUCAAGAUUCAAUCAAUCCAUGGAUUGUAAUUGCUCACACUUCCAGCCCCCUCCAUCCUCUUCUUCCAACCCCUACAACCUCCUCCUCCAAUCCCUCUCCCUAAUUCCAAUCAACCAUUACCUCCUCGCCACCGCCUUCGCUCUCACAUACUUCCUCUACAAUUUCCUCGAAAUCCAUUUCCUCCAAGAUCUCCUCACCGGAUUCUCCGGCUCCACCGUCCACUUCACCUACAACUCCUCAUCCGUUAUCUACGAUGCCGUCGUUUCUAAGUGCCGGAUUCUUCACGGCAGAUACUCCGUCACGCCUUGGCUUUCUAGUCCUCAUCUUCAAACUGUUUUUCUUAACUUCUUCGGAAAUCCUCCUACUUUUAAAUACAAAAGACAAUUGUUUAAUACUCCUGAUGGUGGAACUAUUGCUCUGGACUGGGUUAUAAACUCUCAUGAUGCAGAGAGUGCCGUCGCUAAAGACGAAUCUAAUCCUGUUGUUGUAGUGAUUCCUGGUUUAACAAGUGAUUCCUUUUCUCCUUAUCUCAAACAUCUUGCAUAUCAUACAGCAAAGCGUGGAUGGAAAGUUGUUGUCAGUAAUCACCGAGGACUUGGAGGCGUUUCAAUCACGUCAGAUUGUUUCUACAAUGCUGGGUGGACUGUGGAUGCCCGCACAGUGGUUAAUUAUGUUCACAAAGCGAAUCCCAGGGCGCCUUUGUUUCUCAUUGGAACUAGUAUUGGAGCUAAUGUUCUGAUAAAAUAUCUUGGUGAGGAUGGUGAGAAUAUUCCUGUAGCUGGAGCUGUAGCUGUCUGCAGUCCUUGGGACCUUUUGAUAGGGGACAGGUUUAUAACCCGUAAGCGUGUGCAGAAAUUUUAUGAUAAAGCACUAGCAUUUGGACUUCAAGGUUAUGCAAAAUUACACCAGCCUCACUUUUCUCGCCUUGCUAAUUGGGAAGGGAUAGAAAAGUCACUUUCAAUUCGAGAUUUUGAUAACCAUGCCACCCGCAUUGUUGGGAAAUAUGAGACUGUUGAUACAUACUAUAGACGCAAUAGCAGCUCUAUUUAUGUGCAAUCUGUAUCGAUUCCUCUUCUCUGUAUUAGUGCUCUGGAUGAUCCGGUAUGUACCAGGGAAGCCAUUCCCUGGGAUGAAUGCAGGGCAAAUAAAAAUGUCGUGUUGGCCACUUUAAAGCAUGGAGGACAUCUGGCCUUCUUUGAAGGAAUAACUGCUUCUAGCCUGUGGUGGGUAAGAGCUGCUAAUGAAUUCCUUGAUGUACUGCUCUCUAGCAAUUGUAUGCAUGUUCAGAAGAAGAUCUCUGCACCAAACAAACUCUUGGACUCGGCAAUCGACCAGGGUCCUUACGUCAAUGUUUCCGAGGAUGGAAUGGUGGCUGCAUUGAACAAUGGGCCAACAGUAGACAAUGUGAACCAAAUAGAUGCAAGACAGGAUAAACAUCAUGAUGGUCAUGACCGGGUCCCAGAAGGAAGUAAAAGAGAUGAGCUUGUGACUAACACUAACAAAGAGAGUGUUGAUUCCUCCUCUUGUAUUGCACAAACGACUAGUGCCCAUAAUCCAGUGCCUCUUGAUGUAGUAACACCUUUCAAAAGAUACCUAGGACAGUUAUCUCGACAAAAUCGAUGGUCCAUCUGGUUGCUGGCUUAUAUUGCUAUCACCACAAGUUGGCCAUUGGUUGGUUCAGCCCUUCAUCUUGUGUUUGGAAAAAGGCUUAGGAAUAUCUUACCCCGAGGUUUAGUUAGAAGAUAAUAUUGUAUUGCAUUAUAUCAUUGUUGGAUUUUAUCUGUAGAUGUAGAUGUAUAACAAUAAUAAUAACAAUAAUAAAAAUGAUGUCAAAAAAAAAAUAAUAAUAAUAAAAAUGAUAAUAUUAUA